GGGGGUUUCGGCCCCGGGAAUUUGUUUGGUGAUGUUUGCUUGGUUUUUGUGGUUGAUAUGUCCGGUCUUGAAGAUCGAUCUGGGACCGUGUGUUUGCUGAUCUGAUCGUGAGCGGCUGACGCUACUUAUAUGAGAGCAGUCUCUCUGAGAGGGUGGCGGGUGGAUUCGAAGUGGAUUGCGAGUAUGAGAAUUAAGCAAAAAUGCGGGCUGAACAGGACAGGGGGGAGGGCCCGGUUCAAGCUGGGUGUGGGUGGUUCGAGCUGGGCGAUUACCCUGGUUCGGAACUGUGUGCAAGCGUGAUCUUCUUCAAUGCAACCAAACUAUGUGGGUUUUCCGCGACAACGUCGUCCAGAGUGGACCGUUUGAGGCACCGCACGCAGGAUUACUGGAUCAGGGUGUGUAUGCUGGCAAGAAACGUAAGGAGGCUCUCCAGGCACUCAAGGGAGGCGAGGCGUCCAGCGCAGUUAUGCUGAAGGACCCGCAGCACAAGAAGUGGGAACGCGGUAGGCGGGGCCCCGGUAUGGCUCUAUCCUUGCAGGAUAAGAACGACGAGAACAAGGCCGACGACAAGGUAGAAUGGAGAAGCUGUUGUGUGGGAACCCAGUCAGCAACGCGACGACGACGACGACGACGACGACUGUGGCGGCGGCGACGGCAACAUCAACACACGACCGAGGGGAAGGGAAGAUGUAGGGUAUAUAUAAGACGGAGACAGGGCAAGCUCGAGUCUCGGGUGGCUCAUGGGGGGGGGCAGAUGCGAUCGAAGGGGGAGGAAAAGCAGUUGUUUAUGAGUCCAGAGUGCACCUGCCUGACCGGAGAGGGCAGGCAAGGUGCGUGCACGAGGACCAAAAUUCUCCGCCCAGGUACGAACGAGAAGGACUCGUCGCCACUGGCUGGGGGGUCUGGGGUGGCCACUAGCGGGAUCGAGACCGAUGGGUAUCUAGGCCACAGGCCAGUGGAGGGUAGGGUGGGCGUGCGGGACAAGAGGGGACUGCCCAGAAAAAAGUAGGUACCUGAAGUGCGGCUGCAGCGCGGUUGUAGCGCAGUGCCGAAUGUAGGAUGGGCUGGUGCAAGUGGCUGCCCACCUUAGUGCAGGGCGGGGACUUGUCGUGCAGGUCUGCCGCUCUUUUUUGUUUUGAGAUACAACUUGCUGGUUGCAAAAGCGCCGGCGUGUGUUAGGCUGCUCAAACGGGAAGCAUGACGGGGAGGCGAGGUGCAGGUUUGGCGUUUUGGACAGAACAGAUCGAUCCCCUUCUCUUGGCCGCGUUGCUGAGACUUGUGAUGGGGCGAAGCGUCUA